UUCGCAUUAACUUUUAUUUGGUUUCAUUGGAAAAGGUUGAUUCGUUGUUUCUGGGUGCUUUUGGUUACGUUUGGAAAGAUCAGAUGGUGUACGGGCGGAAGGGUAUAGAAUUGGUUUAAAUUAAAUUGAUUUAUAAACAGUUCAGUGUUACUGAAUUAGUUAUUGUUGUGAAAACUACUUUGCUUAAGUUCAAUAAAAAGUAAAGCAGUAUAAAAUAUUUAAUAAAACACAGUGGAAUUUUGUGAAAAAAUCAAUACAAUAUUUAUACGAAAAAAUAUCCUGUUGCAAUAAUAUAAAAUAAAAGUGAACUCAGUGCCUAGAUGCAUUACAGUUUUAGUUUAUAAUACAAAAAACAUUAGCAACGUUGUAAAAAUAUAACAAAAGGGAAAACAAUCCAAAUCGCUUUAUUUGCAAUGACGCAAACUACGCCAGCUGGCUCGGGGGUUUCGAAUGUCAGCAACUUGAUGACGACAAGUAGUACACCGAUACGUAUUGGGAGUGGAUUGAGCGGCUAUCAUGGUAACAGUUCAGCUUCUGUUGCUACUCAUCAUGCACUGACCGGAAAUGAUUCAUCUUCACCGGGUGGUGGCGGUAGUGCUGGCACUGGUGCAUCUGCUGUGCCUCAAUCUAGUAGCGUACCAUCUGGAGCAACCGAUACUCUACGUCAGCAGCUGCAAAGCCAAAUUUCCUUGUCUAUGGGUGCCUCCAAUCAGUCAUUAGGUGUUAGCGCUGGUGCUGUAGGAGUUUCUAGUAUAACACCGCCCAACAGUGCCGGUCUUCGACAAACUGGAGCUUUUGAUUUCAAGUUUAUGCGGCGCGCAUCUUCGAAAGUUCUAUUGCCAAAACUUCCGUCCACAGAUAGCUUGAGCAACAGUCCGGGUCCAUCAUCGCCAGGACUUGCCAGUUGGGCAACAGAUAGUCGUGACAAAUACGAUGGCAAUCAAACAGAUAAGACGCCGGGAGAUCCAUCCAAGCUUAACCGGAAGGAGUCUUACAAGGCGCAACGCAAGAAUUAUCGUCGGGAAAAGAAACGUGUUGCGUCUGAAUUGCUGAAUUCGCUGCAGGAUCCCACUGUGGUGGUGCUAGCUGAUUGGCUUAAGGUACGUGGCACACUGAAGUCAUGGACAAAGCUGUGGUGUGUUUUAAAGCCCGGCAUGAUGCUGCUCUACAAGAGUCCCAAGCUGAAGAGCAGCCAUUGGGUGGGCACAAUAAUGCUGACUUCAUGUCAGGUCAUCGAGCGGCCGAGCAAGAAAGACGGAUUCUGCUUCAAGCUUUUCCACCCACUGGAGCAAUCGAUAUGGGCGCCACGUGGACCAGACAAGGAGACAAUAGGCGCAGUCGUUCAACCCUUACCAACCGCUUAUCUGAUAUUUCGCGCACCCAGUCAGGCGGCUGGCAAAUGUUGGAUGGAUGCACUGGAGCUCUCCUUGCGCUGUUCAGCAUUGCUCUUGCGUUCCAACAGCAGUUUAGGUGCUGUGCAGGGCACCAGUGCCAACGACAAUGCGCAGAUAUCGCAUGAAACCCAAUGGUCGGAGGCGGAUUAUGAGAAGCAUUUCAACGAACAUGACCCACAUCCUGAGAACUUCUCACCGAGUGGUAGCAUGCAGAAACAAUAUUCGCAGUAUCUUAUGGUGCCCGAAUUGAGCAAAUCGCACGCUAGUUCGGACACAAGUUUGACAUCACGUGCACAGACACCAAUUUUGCAGCAACUUUACAUGACAAUGACCCAUUGGGAGCGUGUUGUUGCCAAUUCGGCGGAGAAAAAUUUACGCAAACUUCGCAAAUCCAAACAUUUAGGCAAACGUGAUUCAUUCGAGGGCAUGAGUUCAAUGGGUGAUCUCAGUGAUGUUUCGAGUGUUGACUUUCCAUCUAUGCUGGAAAUGCACCAAUCGUUAAAAUUGAAGGCACGUCGACAAAAUCAAUUUAUGAAAUCGGCAUCGUUAGGCCCGAUGACACGUGAGACAUCGUCAUCGGUUGAUUCUGUUGAUGAAAAUGCAGAGCUGGAGGCAAGAUCAGGCGCAUCUAGGGCAUUGAGCGCACCACCUUUUGUGCUCAACGUUAAGGAUCUUGAUGGCGAUAGCCAAAACGAAGGUGGUCCAGCCGCUAUGUCAGGCGUCGAUACAGAAUCAGAAUCAGAUCAAGAGGCUGUGGUCGAAGACGAAGAGCCGGAAACACCAUAUGUGCCACUCACCGAAGAGGAGUUCGGCUCCGUGGGUGAACAGGUGGAAGAGCUUGCAGACGAGAACAAAAGCUUAAUUUGGAUUCUGGUUAAGCAAGUUCGGCCAGGCAUGGAUUUGAGUAAGGUGGUUUUGCCGACAUUCAUACUCGAACCACGUUCAUUUUUGGAUAAGCUGUCCGAUUCAUAUUACCAUGCCGACAUCUUGUCGAGGGCUGUUACCGAAGAUGAUCCCUUUACGCGUAUGAAGACCGUAGUACAAUGGUAUCUAUCAGGUUUCUACAAAAAACCAAAAGGCUUAAAAAAGCCCUACAAUCCCAUAUUGGGUGAAACGUUCCGCUGCUAUUGGGAGCAUCCAAACGGCAGUCGUACAUUCUAUAUCGCCGAACAGGUGUCCCAUCAUCCACCAGUGUCGGCGUUUUAUGUGACAAAUCGCCAGGAUGGUUUCUGCAUCAGUUGCUCCAUCUUGGCUAAAUCGAAGUUCUAUGGCAACAGCACAUCAGCUGUACUGGAAGGCGUUGCCACACUCACGUUGCUACCACGUGGUGAAACGUAUACAUUGAAUACACCAUAUGCUCAUUGCAAGGGCAUACUUGUUGGUACACUGUCCAUGGAGUUGGGCGGCAAAGUUAACAUUGAGUGCGAGAACACCGGUUACAAGACGGAACUGGAAUUCAAGCUGAAACCAUUCCUGGGUGGCUCGGAUUAUACCAAUUUAAUUUCGGGUAAAAUUAAGUUGGGCAAAGAGACCAUGGCCAACAUAACUGGUCAUUGGGACACCGAAAUGACAAUCAAAGAAGCUAAAACUGGCGAAGAAACUGUACUUUUUAAAGCGGAUGCCGAUACAAAACACAAGCGUCUAGUGCGCUAUGUAGUACCUUUGGACGCUCAGCUACCAAACGAAUCGGAACGUUUGUGGGAGAAAGUAUCGCUAGCGAUACGAAACGAUGAUCAGGUUGGUGCAACCGAGGAGAAGACCGAGUUGGAGGAAGCGCAGCGCAACUCUGCAAAGGAGCGCAAAGUAUUAUCAAUUGAGUGGACACCGGUACAUUUUAACUUCGAUCCCAUAAUAACACAGUGGAUGUAUACUUAUGCUGACUUACGUCCAUGGGAUCAACGCAACGACUUGAAACAGUACGAAGCGAAUUACAAAGUACUCACGAAGACACGCCAUCGAGCGCCAAUGGUGCGUAACCCGAGCAUCGUAACUGCCGAUCCAAUGCAGUUAAUUAAAUCAUCUUCUCUAUUGAAGGUAAAACAUAAAAGCCUAUCGAUUUUGGGUCCACCACACGACGAUGAAAAAACCGAUUCGAGUGCAUCAAAUCCGGAUGUGAAUAAGGAGCCACACGAGAAAUCGAACAAAUCAAUACGAAAACUGGUAUCAGCCAUUGAAAAGAUGAAUCAUACUCUGGAGGAGCAAACGAAGCAAUUGCGUGUAAUCCAAACAAAUUUGGAGCGAAUUCACUAUAAUCCCAGACUAAUGGCGCCGACUACAUCUACUGGACGUUAUGCUGACAUUGUGCCGCGCACCGUGCCACAAACGGUGGUUAUAAAAUCAAUGGUUUAUGCAUUCGUUGGCCUAGCGGCCUGCUUUGUUAUGAAAUGGAUGUUUAAGUAAAUCAAGUAUUAACUCGGUUGUAGCGGUGAACGAAUCAUAAGUUGAAUUAGUUAGGUAAAACGCUUAUUGUUCAAAUAAUCAUUGAUGUUGUUGUUGUCAGCGCAACGAGACCGUGUGCAAUAUUGUAUCACACAAGUAAAUAUACAUCAAGCGAUGUAACCGUAAAUGUUGCUUAAAUUACGGUUUUACUGUACACAUUUUUACUCUAACUUUAAAAUCGUUUUUAAAAUAAUAUGUUACUAUAGUAUUACCUCAACUUGAAUUAUGUUAAGCUAUUUUAAACAUUUUCCUAUAUAUUUUUCGCGUUUAGGUUGUAAACUUUUCAAAAACCUCUAAACUACAUGCAAAUUGUUUUAUAUACAGGCGGUUUGAUAUUGUGUAAUUAUACAUAUACAUACAUUUAUGUACAUAAGUUUAUUAUGUAUUUGCACGAAAAGUGUAAAGAGUUGUGUAUGUUUAUAAGUAAGAUAAUAAUUUUAUUUGAGCUUUACUAUGAAAAUCUCGAUGUCUUUUAAGCUAAGUGCUGCUUAUGCAAUACGUACUACUGAACAGUGGCUUAUUCGGCAGCUGGUACAGUUGCUUCAUAUCAGAGAUUAAGGGACACACCUGUGGCAACCUAAAUUGUUUUAAAAUAAUAUUUAUUUGAGGAUAUGGCUAUACAUAUUUUAAGAAUAUACAGCAAAUUUUGAAGAAAAAAAUUAAAUUUUUUUUCAAGUUACACGCGUUGUUGUGGUUGUAGCGACAGAAUUCUGCCGAGUUCACAGUCCUUGGCCGGAUAAAACCGUGCCGGUUACGUAGACCCGACUGUCGUGGGAACGCGUUCUCCGACGCCGCUAAAAAAAAGAUCUUUCACUGCUGCAUUGGUUUCAACCACUUCCGUAGAUCAAAAAUAAAAAAAAAUCUCUACUAGAAGUUGUCGGUACAAUAACCUACGGUCGAAAAAAAAUCGUCAAAAUGGUGGCGGUUAAAGAAAAGUGUAAUUUUACACAAAAUUUUUGUCAUUUUUGGCCUGCCAAAAUUCGAUUUUUGAUCAGAUCAAAAAAUUUGUAGGUCAUUGUAUGGAGAACUAUAACAAUAAAUACAGAAUAUGCGGAUAAAAUUUGAUAAUCACUCAAGCAUAUUUGAAAAAUGUGUAAAGAUAAACUGUUGUAGUUGAUUGCACUGAGCGAUUACACUUUAUAAGGCUGUAACUCAAAAACUACUCUAUUAAAACUCAAAAAUCGAUUCUUAAUUUAAGAUUUUAGUAUGUUAUUUUUAAAGGUAUAAAAUAAAAUUGUUUUUUUUUUUUUGUAAUUUCUUUUUGUAUUUUUUUUUCUUUUGUAAUUUCUUUGUGUAUUUUUUUUUCUUUAGUUUUCGCUUUUUUACUUGGUGGGCAAUUUAAUUAGAAUAUAGUGGAGAAGUCUCGAGUAGAAAUCUCCAGAAUUGUUAGUGUCACAAUCUUAUGUAAAUUCAAAAUUAAACUACUGGCGGUUCACACAACUAUCACCAGUAAUAUUUUCCUAUUUUUUGACAAAUUUUUGGAGCUAAUUUCUUUCAUAAGUUGUUUUGAGGUUAGAUGUUUUGAAAUCAGGAGUUGGUAUGUUUUUUUUUAAUUAUUAUUUAGUUUUUUUUUUUGUUGUAUUAAUGUUCUGCAACCAUUUAUCGUUAAAUUACUAUUAAUGUAGGGAAACAUUGCUCUUGGCACAUGGAUCCACUGUAAACAUAAUAAAUAAAUUUGAUUUCUUUUAUAAAUACUACAAGUAUAUAUUUUUUAUUUUAACUAUUAUAAAAAAUAUUUUAAGAUUAAAAGAAGAAGAAGCUAUUAGCUGCAUGUUGGAUUUGUGAAAAGCUGUUGUUCGUGUUAGCGAGAUAUUAUGUAAUGUAACUCAUAUGUAUUUUUAUUAUGUAUCGUGAUCGUGUCGUGAUUUGCAUCAACGAAGUAAGACAUUUAAAAUUUAAACAAGAAAAUACAAAUUUAUAACAUGUUCUGAUUAUCGCACCAAACAUCGAUGGUUACAUUUAGGAAAUAUCUGUCUCUUUCACUAUCUUUCUUGGUCACACAACGCACUUGAACGGCAUAUGAAUUAAAAAAAAAAUACUUUCCACAAAAUAAAAGCACCAUGACAGGAAUCAACACAAAUUCGCUUAUUAGCCACGAUUAGACUAUAGAAUAUAUUGCUAUGUACGCUAAAAAAAAAUUUAUUCUGUUAAGAAAACUACAAAGAGAGUAACAUGAAGAUGAUUACCUACAUACAUAAGUACACAAAUGCUGUUAACAUUUCAAGUCCAAUAAACGAAACUCUAUACUUUA